UGCGACAGUCCCCCGAACGACGACAACUCACCAUGGCGUACCCUCAAUCGAUACUGCGCGUGCUGUGCGGGCUUGCGCUGCUGCUCGCCUGCGCUGAGGCGCUGCACUUCGACCUCAUGGCUGUGAAGAGGCAUGAUUCUAAGAGCGAGAGGUGCAUCCGUAACUUUGUCUCAAGGGACACACUGGUUAUGGUCACGUCGACGAUUAGUGGGCAUAAGGGAGAUGGAAUGCAGGUUAACAUUCAUAUCAAGGAUGCGGUAGGGAACGAGUACGCGCGUGCGAAGGACGUUGCGGGCGAGAAGAGGAUGGCGUUUACGUCUCUGGCGGACUCGGCGUUUGAUGUCUGCUUCGAGAAUAUCUUGUACUCUAACACUGCACCCCAACCACACACCAGGAAGGUCGAGCUCGAUGUUGACAUUGGAGCGGACGCCAAGGACUGGUCCGCCAUCCAGGCCACGGAGAAGCUCAAGCCGGUCGAGACCGAGCUGCGCCGCAUCGAGGAGAUGGUCCAGGAGAUCGUGAACGAGAUGGAGUAUCUCCGUACCCGCGAGCAGAAGCUGAGGGACACGAAUGAGAGCACAAACAACCGCGUGAAGUGGUUUGGCUUUGGCACCGUCGGCAUGCUGGUGGCGUUGGGAGCGUGGCAGAUUGUCUAUCUACGGGCAUACUUCAGGUCGAAACAUCUUAUUUGAGCGACCUUUUACGAUAGUGUGUUGGCGAGUAAUGAGAUAUGGCCAUAUGAGGUACAGGGUGUGUUAAAAUACCGGGGGACCAAGAGGGCAUCCAGGGGGCGCAUUGUUAUAUAUACCAAUGGAGUCAAUUGAAACAUUCCAUUUAUCUAGUCGGCAUGAGCCGAUUGUCUCUAUGGGAGUGUUCUAGCUUACCUAUCCACCAACCUUCGCCUCGCCAGUGCAACAAGCAUGGUAUUCAUCCCGAC